AUGGAUUCCCCUACGCGCCUCACAAUCCUCAUCUCCGGGAGCGGCACCAACCUCCAAGCCGUGAUCGAUGCCAUUGACGCCAAAACUCUCCCCGCAACAGUCGUGCGAGUCCUGUCGAACCGGAAAGACGCAUAUGGCCUCGAGAGGGCAAAGAAAGCCGGCAUACCUACCGUAUACCAUAACCUACUAACAUACAAGAAAAAACACCCAAACACGGAAGAGGGUGUCAAGAAAGCUCGGGAGGAAUAUGACACCGAGUUGGCACGGAUAGUACUGGACGAUAAGCCUGACCUUGUUGUCUGUCUAGGGUUUAUGUAUGUGCUAUCAAAGAAGUUCCUGGAUCCAAUGGCAAAGGCAGGCCUGGAUACUAUAAAUCUGCACCCCGCGCUACCGGGCGCAUUCAACGGAACUCAUGCCAUUGAACGCGCCCAAGAAGCAUGGCUAGAAGGCAAAAUUGAUAAGACAGGAGUCAUGAUCCAUAAAGUCAUUGCAGAGGUUGAUAUGGGCGAACCAAUCCUGACACGCGAGAUCCCAUUUAUAAAAGGUGUGGAUGAAGAUCUGGAGGCACUCAAGGAGAGAAUACACAAGAUCGAGUGGGAAGUGGUGAUAGAAGGAAUAAAUAUCAUGAUAAAAAGGAUGGAGGAGAGGUAG